AUGAGCAGGAACAAACAGACUUCACUAGUGUUCGAUUCUAAAAAGGCGAACAUAAAAUUUACAACUGAGAAGCCUUCAUUGCCGGUGAAAGUGGAAACCACAGACAAUAAUAUCGGGACGCAUUAUCUCGAUAUACUGAAUUCACCCGAGGAUACAACAAUCGUGUCUGAUUAUCAGCAAAUAGACCAACCGCAGCCAAAAUAUUCUUCAUCGUCGUCGAAACCACCAAUUCCCCGACGUGUUCAUUCACCGCCAGAACCACCACCCCCACCGACGGAACAACCACCUUCCCAACCUCCUUUGCCACCACCGCCGCCGUCGGCUCGACCACCACGUGUGUCACCUCUUCCCACACCACCUUUUGAACACCUGGACACUUUUGUAACGGAGCCGUCUCCGUUGGAUCAAACUGAGCUCAGUGACGCAGCACCAGAAGAGGAAAUAAACGUAUCUUCAGCACCCGAUGUCCAGUCCCAGUUCAUGAUGGGCUCACGUGACGAAGAAACGAUGGAGUCAUCGACAAACUGGACAAAUGACGAUAAAUAUCCCUUGGCAGAAAGUUCGCCACGACCGAAACGACGAGGAGUCGGUUUUCGUCAAGAUUUCAGUUUAACCGGAAGUUUGCGAUUUCCUGUUCAACCAGAAGUCAGAGUGUCUGGGAUUUAUGAUCUAAAGCCUACCGGGAGCUUUUUUCCCCGGAUAUCCACACAGGUUCCUGACAACGAUUCCGUCCCGUUGUCAGGUAUGUCGAAUGGUCACGUAAACCCAGCCUAUACCAGAGAUGAAGACGAGGAUUCGGAAGACUCGGAUGCAUCAUCGCAUGAUCUGAGUGACGAAGUUUUUGGAGAGAAUCAUGAAACGGAAACGGUGGCAGACGUUUCACAAGAACCACUCGGGGAGGCACAGCAACAAAGAAAAUCCACCAAAGAGAAGAAAAUGUUUUGGGAUGUAUUUCGAACUGGUUCUGAUGAUAACGUGUCGAGUUCAGAGAUAGUCUGCUGGAAUAAAUGUACUGUCAUCGCCCGUAUCAUCAUUCUCUUCAUCAUGUUUGCAGUCGUACUUUUUUUCUCCGUGUUGUCAAAACUGACCUUCGUCAUGAUGGCGUCAAACAUUUUCCCGCCUAGUGAUCAAGCGGUAAAUGCCGCACACAAAACAUUCAAUGGCAGAUUGAAAUACAACAAUGGAGGUACAUUGAACGUGACAUGGGUGUGGGCCUUCAACAUGGUUUUGUCAGCACCAUACUUCUUCACAUUUUGCAAAUACCUGUGGAGAUUGUGUUUCAAGAAGACUGGAAAGUUACAAUGCUACCCAUUCCUCGCGUCAAUGGUGACCGAGACGCUCCAUACGAUUGGCUUGUCCUUUUUCGUGUUUCUUGUUUUACCAAGUUUUGAACCAAUCGCUGCUUGUCUGCUGUGUAUGAACGUUGGCCUCCUUCCAGGAAUAUUAAAAAUUUUCUAUCCUUCUAGAACUGUGAAGAAGGUGGAGACAACUAAGUCGGUCAGUUUUGCUCGAUUAUUGAACUUUGGAUCAAGUGUUUUACAAAUCGCAAGUUUGGUGUUUUGGGUUCUGUAUGUACACAGUGUCUCGGAAAAUUCUUCUGGGGACCUCUUCCUCAUUAUCGCCAUGAUUGUCUCCCCUAUAUUCAUAUCGAUAAAUUACUGGGAAAACUACGUACGGAAAGGUGACAAGGACUCGUCGGGAUUGCCAUAUUUGAAGAGAAUGAUCACACGCGGGCGGACAAAAAUCGGACUACUGACUAUGCUGUGGAAACUGGUUUUGACAUUCAGUGUGAUGCCUUCGCUCUUGUUCGGUAUCAACUGUAACGCGACUACUUCGUGCAUUAACGCUGUCUUUUAUCAUUUUCCGGAAAAUGGGUUGCUAUUCGGGAGUUAUUCUAGUACGACUGUUUCCACCUUGGGCAUUUGUGCUAUCCCUUUCCCAACAUGGGAAGGAGACGCAAGCAUUGUGGUCAAUGAGUUCAACUUCUUUAAAUAUGCAAUAAUUGCAGGGAUUCUAGCGUAUGCAUCGCUACUUCUGAUCACUAACCAUAUAUGGUCACCUGGUAAAGAGAGGCUUGCUGCCACGGAAAAGAUCUUUGUAAAACCUUUGUACUGCGGAGCACUUCUCGAGCAAUCGAUGCUUCUCAACAGACGGCGAGUGGACGACGAAUUUAAGUCAGCUAACGAAAAGGUAAAAGUUGACAUCCCUAUCCCGGAUAUCCCAGCUGAUCUUAAGAUGGACGCCGAAGAAGAAUGGUCAUUCCUACGCAAAGACGAUACUCCUUUUCUGUACCUUUGCGCUACCAUGUGGCACGAGACGGAGGUUGAAAUGACUCAAAUACUUAAAUCUCUGUUCAGAAUGGACGAUGAUCAAUGCGCAAGACGCCACCUGCAGAUGUACCUCGGUAUCAGAGACCCAGACUAUUACGAGUUCGAAGGUCACAUAUUCUUUGACGAUGCAUUUGAAGCCCACGAUGAUGAAGGAACGGAGUACUAUGCUAAUGGAUACGUGAAGAUGCUGGUUAAAAUAAUGGAUGUUGCAGCUAGUGCAGUCCACGGCAAUAUUAUCCAUGUGCCCCCUCCUACAAAGAUUCCGACCCCAUAUGGUGGCCAGCUUAUAUGGAGGCUUCCGGGUGGUAACAAACUUAUCGCUCACCUCAAAGACAAGGCCAAGAUACGUCAUAGAAAGCGAUGGAGCCAGGUGAUGUACAUGUACUACUUUCUGGGCCAACGUCUGAUGAGCAUCCCGCAAAAAUCUCGACGCCAAAAGGAAACCAUUGCUAACAACACCUUCUUACUGGCCUUGGACGGUGACGUGGAUUUCCAGCCGUCCGCGGUACAGCUGCUGGUCGACCGGAUGAAGAAGAACCCGAAAGUCGGUGCAGCCUGCGGUCGCAUUCACCCGAUAGGUUCAGGUCCUAUGGUAUGGUAUCAGAAGUUUGAGUACGCCAUCAGUCACUGGCUACAGAAGGCUGCCGAACAUAUGUUAGGAUGCGUGCUCUGUAGUCCGGGCUGCUUCAGUCUUUUCCGCGGGAAGGCUCUCAUGGACGACAACGUAAUGCAGAGAUAUACCACACUCCCAUCGGAACCGGCGCAUUAUGUCCAGUAUGAUCAAGGCGAGGACCGUUGGUUAUGUACGCUACUACUACAACAAGGCUAUCGUGUAGAAUAUGUUGCUGCUUCGGACGCCCUGACCUAUGCUCCAGAAGGAUUUUACGAAUUCUACAACCAGAGGAGACGCUGGACACCAUCAACCAUGGCGAAUAUACUGGAUCUUUUGAUGGACUGGAAAAACGUGACCCGGAAGAACGAAGAUAUAUCAAUGAUGUACAUCUUUUAUCAGAUGUUUCUUAUGGUGUCAUCUAUCUUAACCCCUGGGACCAUAUUCCUGAUGGUACUUGGCGCACUAACAACCAGUUUCCCAGAUAUCAGUAUCUGGACUGCGUUUGGUCUCAACUUGGCACCUGUUGUGGUGAUGGUGAUUCUGUGUUUUGUAGCAUCAUCACAAACUCAAUUGGCGUACUCUGCCAUUUUAUCGACUAUAUACUCCUUACUUAUGAUGGUCGUGUUUAUUGGAUUGCUGAAGGAAGCUGCUGAGGCUGGGUUCUGUUCCGUCACCUCAGUCUUCCUGUUAUUUGUGGCCGGAGUCUUCGUCCUGUCGGCAUGUCUCCAUCCUCAGGAGUUUUUCUGUGUCUUACAUGGAUUUCUCUACUUCCUCUCCAUUCCUUCAAUGUCUAUGCUUCUGAUGAUCUACUCUCUCGGCAACCUGCAUGUUGUUUCUUGGGGAACCAGGGAGACUAAACAACCAACUACGCCACAAAAACCCUCUGAACAGAAAAAAGACGAAGGAAGAUUAGGACAGGUGAAAGACUGGCUCAAUAGGCAGAUGACUGCAAGUGGUUCAUCUAGCGAACCCUCCUCCGAAUAUGCCUUCUCGUUUGGAAAUCUGUUCAGGUGUUUCUGCUGCCCUAGCAAUCAACAUUCAGAAGAUGACAAGUUUAAAGAAAUUCUUUUUCGUCUGGCUGAAAUGGAAGAGCGCAUAACAAAUGUGACUCGCAACACAUCUAGGAAUGACUCAUUGAAUUACUUGCCUGAAGCAGAACCUGUUCAACAAUCUGAAACUCCGUUUUCCCAGGCAGCAGGGCUGUUUGAAGGAGCUGGAAACCGUGAAAAUCCCUUGUUUGAACAGGCAGUAGUUCCGAAGAGAAACGACUUAAAGAAUCCUUACUGGAUUACAGACAAAUUUCUUAAAGAGGGAGCCAUUGAUCGGAUGGGCCAAACGGAAACUGAGUUUUGGAAAGACUUUAUCGAAAAAUAUCUCUUUCCUCUGGAAAAAGACGCGAAGAAAGAGAAGGCUACUGCGGAGGAACUAGUAGAACUGAGAAAUAAAGUAUGUUUAGCUUUUCUUCUUGUCAACGCUCUCUUCGUAACCAUCGUCUUUGUGUUGACAAUAGUUAACGAUACUGGCGGCAACAGUCUGUCUGUACCUUUGCCAUGUAAGCCGGAAGGGAGCUCAUCAGACAAAGACAACCAAGCCUUUGUCGAGCCUAUUAGCUUUACGUUUACAGUCGUGUUCGGACUGCUGUUGUUCGUACAAUUUAUUUGUAUGUUAUUCCAUAGACUCGCAACCCUUCUCCAUAUUCUAGCUGCGACUGAAAUCAAAGCGAAACGGCGAAUCAGACAAUCACUGCAGGGAGGCGAAGAGGCCGAGCGCUCAAUUGGAGUCGAUGAGGGAUUGCAGCUCGUGCGGGAUAUGCAGUCGGCAGCCAUAGAUGAUGAUGCACGUUCCAUCGUAUCUGAGCUUAGCACCACAAGUGAACACGAUGACGAAGAAGCUACUGUUGGUCAAACGAGAGGAAAACAACUUUGGAAAAAAUUUGAUAAACGAAGAAGAGAACAACAGAAAAGCACACUAGGUAGAAAUUUUCUUCGGAAUUUCCAAAAACUUCAAAAUGUUAUCGAUGACGAUGAUAAUGUAAGUACAAUAGGUGUUGCUGAAGGGACCGUAAACGAUGAUGACACAAGAAUGACUGACAUACAGAAGAAAUUCUCUCGUUUCGGUCGCCCAUCUUUGUAUACCAUUACAAAAAUGAUUAAGAAUACGUCAAAUCGUCAAGAGAUAAAACGACGUGGAAGUCAGGUAUCAGCAGCAAAAAGUAGAUGGAAUAGGGUUCUCCAACAAACUAAACUGCAAGCAAUCAUGGAAAAGGCAAGAGAAAACGGAGAAAGCACGGAAGGUACCACAGCCAAGGGAGGUAAUCGGUUUUCGCUGCUUGUGAAUGCUGCUGUCUUGAAAAAUAGAGAGGAAGAGCAAAAAAAUGCAUUGUCUAAUGAUGUGAUCAAGGAAGAGGAGGAAGAGGAGGAGAAUAGAGAAGACUCUGGUAAACAAACAAACGCAGUCGUACAUUUUAUUAACGAUAAUGAUACUCUCCCAGAUAAUCCAAACAAGUCGGAACAGGCACCCACCUACAAUGGACAGUCUACGGCACUCGAAAAUGUGGACGUAUUGUUUUAG